AUCGAACGGUGGUCAGGACUGUGGACAGACAGCAGUGUUCUCUCUCGUCGGGACCCAUCGGGUCUCCUUUUUCUUUACACGCCAAGGCCUUAUCCUGGUUCCACCUCUUUCUCUUUCCCUUCACCCCCUUGACCGUUGUACUUUUUUUCUUAAGCUCCAUCACGAAUCAGCUUCUUGUUCUUUUCUUGAUAGUCUUCCUGUCUCCAAACCCUUCUGCGCUUAUCCAGCCAGCCUCUUCCAAUUCCGACUUUGCAUGUUCUGUUUAUCGUCUUUCCUUCAUCCCCUUCUCCGCUACCUGUUCUAAUCGAACCCCAUAUCGCUCAACACCAAAAAAAUCUCUCACCACGCUGGGCGUGUUAUCACAUAUCAAUAUCUUCAAAAACGAUGCAGUCCACACUUCCUCGCCUUCCGCAGCUCAGCCAGCCGCCUCGCAGAAGGGGUCCUCCGACCUCUCUUCGCAUCGAAACCCCCGUACACAACCCGCUUAUUGCACUCAUCUCCUCAGAAGACACCACUUCUGCUUCUGCACUUUCCUCCCCUGCCUCUGAAUUCGCAUAUAGUCCCCUCUCUAACUCCAGGAAGCCCCGCUCUCUCAGGAAUCUCAAGGGCCUCUCAAUCACUCUUCCCU